UGACUGGAUAAACUAAAGUGCAAAAAGGCGUUUCUCACUCUCUCUCUCUCUCUCUCUGCUUUUAAAACCUUUUGGGGGAAGAGGGAAACAAGAAAACACAAACACAAUCCUCUCUGCACCCAGCGCAACAUAUGGCGUUGCUGCUGCUGCUGCUACCCUACGCUCCCUAUGCGCACUCCUAAGCUAAGCCCUCACCCACCCCCACAUUUUGUUCCCAUGUCAACGGCUACUCUUCUCCUCGCGCUGGCGCUCUGCGCCACGCUAACAGCGACCUUAACGUGCGCCGGCCUCGACUCCGAAAUCCAAGCGUUACUCUCCUUCAAACGGAAUCUCUACGACCCACGUGGCGUGAUGGACGGCUGGAAUGUGGCCACUCCGGCCGCGCCCUGUGAUUGGCGAGGCAUUCUAUGUUACGCCGGCAGGGUACGCGAACUCCGCCUGCCGCGCCUUCAGCUUAGCGGCCGGCUGAGUGACCAGCUAGGUAACCUGCGACAGCUGCGCAGGUUAAGCCUGCACUCCAACAAUUUGAACGGCUCCAUCCCACGCGCAUUAUCCGACUGCUCUCUCCUACGCGCGGUCUACUUGCAGUACAACUCACUCGCCGGCGAGAUUUCGCCUGCAUUUUUCACAAACCUCACGAAUCUCCAAGUCUUAAACCUAGCGCACAACCUUAUCUCCGGAGAAAUCUCCGGCGACAUCUCGGCGAGUAUGCGAGUACUCGACCUCUCCUCCAACUCAUUCUCCGGCCAAAUCCCGGCUAACUUUUCUGCUGCUCACCAGAUCCAGCUCAUCAAUUUGUCAUUCAAUCGUUUCACCGGAGGCAUUCCGGCUACGAUCGGAGCACUGCAGCAGUUGCAGUACUUAUGGCUCGACGGCAAUGAACUCUACGGAACGAUUCCCUCAGCGAUUUCGAACUGUUCGUCGCUCAUCCACGUCAGCGCCGGGGAUAAUAUGCUCUCCGGUGUCGUUCCGGCGACAAUGGGUUCACUUCAAAGUCUUCAGGUUAUCUCGUUGCCGCGUAAUCAGCUAACCGGUGUCGUUUCGCCGUCAUUAUUCUGUAACAUUUCAGUAUUAAAUGCCACAAUUAGGAUUCUUAACUUGAGUUUCAAUGCACUCACGGGUAUAGAGAAUAAUGAUGGUGAAACGUGUGCUAGUGUACUGGAAGUUUUAGACCUUCACGAGAAUCAGAUAAAUGGUGUGUUUCCUGAUUUCUUAAUGAAUUUUUCAACAUUAAAGAUUCUAGAUUUUUCUGGGAAUUCUUUGUCCGGAACUGUGCCGGAUAAUGUCGGGAAUUUGGUGAUUUUGGAGGAGUUUAGAGUUGGGAAUAACUCAUUAACUGGGGAUAUUCCAGAAAGUGUGACGAAAUGCAAGGCUCUAAGAGUUCUUGAUCUUGGGAAAAAUCGGUUCUCGGGUUCGAUACCAGAGUUUUUAGGGGAAAUGAAAAGCUUAACAAUGUUGAUUCUUGGUGGGAAUUUGUUUACCGGUUUGGUUCCAGUGAGCAUAGGCAGUCUCUAUUCGCUACAAGUGUUGGACUUGAGUGAUAACAACUUGAAUGGGACUGUGCCUCUGGAGUUGAUGAGGCUUAGCAAUUUGAGCACUCUAAAUUUGAGCAACAACUGGUUUUCUAGUCAAGUGCUAGUAAAUAUUGGGGAAUUGAAAGCUUUGGAGGUUCUGAAUAUGAGUGGUUGUGGGUUUUCUGGGGUGAUACCAUCGGGCAUAGGGAGUCUUUUGAAGCUCACAACUCUUGAUUUAAGUAAGCAAAAUUUGUCAGGAGAGUUGCCUGUUGAGCUCUUUGGGUUGCCAAGUCUACGGGUUGUGGCUUUGGAGGAGAAUUCAUUGUCUGGAGAUGUUCCUGAAGGUUUUAGCAGCUUGUCUAGUUUGCAGUAUCUAAAUCUUUCAUCGAAUUUUUUCUCUGGUGAGAUUCCAGCUACUUAUGUAUUUCUUGGAUCAUUGACUGUUCUUUCACUGUCUCAUAAUCGUAUUAGAGGUUCGAUCCCGGUGGAGUUGAGCAAUUGCACAAGUCUUGAAGUUUUGGAGCUCAGAGGAAAUCAAUUGACAGGCCAAAUUCCAGCUGAAAUUUCCAGUUUAUCUCAUUUACAGAGGCUUGACCUGGGCCACAAUGGCUUAACAGGUCCAAUCCCAGAAAGUAUUUCUAACUGUUCGUCUUUGGUUGUCCUGUUAUUGGAUUCAAAUCACAUCUCAGGCCACAUUCCUGACACAUUGGCAAAUUUAUCAAAAUUAGCGGAACUGGAUGUCUCCUCAAACAGCCUGACUGGUGUUAUUCCAGCAAAUCUUGCACUGAUCCCUGCUUUGCUGCACUUAAAUUUGUCCGCUAAUAAUCUUGAGGGUGAGAUUCCAGAGGCUUUGGCUUCUCGGUUUGGUGAUCCUUCUAUAUAUGCUAUGAAUAAGAAUUUAUGCGGGAGGCCACUGAAGAAGAAUUGCAGAAACUUAGAGAGACGGAAGAGAAAGAGAUUGAUUCUCUUUAUAGUUGUGGCUGUAGCAGGUGGUUUAAUGCUGUUGUUGUGUUGUUGUGGGUACAUAUACAGUCUUCUUAGGUGGCGCAAGAAGCUGAGAGCAGGGCAAGCGGGAGAGAAGAAACGAAGCCCCAGUCCUGGUUCACAAGGGGCACGUGGAAGUGGAGAGAAUGGUGCACCAAAGCUUAUUAUGUUCAACAACAAGAUCACAUAUGCAGAAACUGUAGAAGCAACAAAGCAAUUUGAUGAGGAAAAUGUGCUGAGCAGGGGAAAGUAUGGUCUAUUAUUCAAAGCAACUUAUGCUGAUGGAAUGGUGCUCGCGAUUCGUCGGCUACCUGAUACAUCAAUUGAAGAGAACACCUUCCGGAAAGAAGCUGAAUCUCUAGGCAAGGUUAAACAUCGCAACCUGACCGUUCUCCGUGGUUAUUAUGCUGGGCCACCUCCUGAUAUGCGUCUUCUUGUUUAUGAUUACAUGCCUAAUGGAAAUCUCGGUACCCUGCUUCAAGAGGCAUCACACCAAGAAGGGCAUGUAUUGAAUUGGCCAAUGCGCCACCUGAUUGCUCUAGGCAUAGCCCGUGGCUUAGCAUUUUUGCAUUCAGUCUCAAUCAUACACGGGGAUGUAAAACCACAAAACGUUCUCUUCGAUGCUGAUUUUGAAGCCCAUCUUUCUGAUUUUGGGUUGGAUAAACUGACCAUCGCAACACCAGUUGAAGCUUCAACAUCAGCUACGCCAGUUGGAACUCUUGGCUACGUAGCACCAGAAGCAACAGUAACAGGGCAACCGACCAAAGAAGCAGAUGUAUACAGCUUUGGGAUCGUGGUGUUAGAGAUGCUAACUGGGAAAAAACCAGUCAUGUUCACACAAGACGAGGACAUAGUGAAGUGGGUGAAGAGGCAAUUACAAAGAGGCCAAGUCUCCGAACUGCUCGAGCCUGGCUUGCUAGAGCUCGACCCCGAAUCAUCAGAGUGGGAAGAGUUUUUGCUGGGGGUGAAAGUUGGAUUGCUCUGCACAAUGCCUGACCCUCUCGAAAGGCCUUCCAUGACUGAUGUCGUUUUCAUGCUCGAAGGCUGCCGACUAGGCCCGGAAAUCCCUUCCUCCGCAGAUCCCACCACUCUUCCUUCACCUACCUGAAAAAUCAAACCUCCCUCCAAGAUUUCAUUAAUUUGUGUACUCAUGUAUUCUCUGCAUGCGUGAAAAAUUGGACUAGCUUAGAAAUUCAGUUGUUCAAUAUCUUGUCUACCGCAUUUUGAUCAAAUUCAUUCUUCCCACUAAAUGUUGAUAACAAUGGUAAUGUUUGCUACCAUUUUUACUCUAAUGUGAAGAUUAACCAGACCAUAACAUUAUUCUCAA